GGGAAGAGCUUGGCUGCUUGGCGCUCCGCAUGCACCUGCUGUCAGCGCCGCCAUGCACGGCGGCUUGUGUGUAUCAGUCGCCGGCGCAGCUCCACGUGGCGUUUCCUGACGCACUGAAUGACCAGACACGCGCCUUCCGGCUUAGAGAUUGUUGCUCGUCGCUCGUUGCCAUGGACCCGCCUCGUGCUCGAGAGUCAAGAGUCGAGUGUCGAGAGUGGAAUCGCGGGAGUCGGAACGGAUUCGGGGCAUGUGCGAUCAGAGCGACGUGGCAUUGCGACGCCAUUCCACUCUCCGCACCUCGUGCGUCGCGCGCGUCUUCUUGUCCCCCCGCGCGCGAUCCGAUGUCGCCUCUCUUUCGUCUCUCGCGGCUUACGUCUUUUCUCCCCACCACCUGCGCACUAUUCUGCCGAUUUUCUCUCGCUUUUCACACCGAUACCGAGCUAGCUUCGAAAACGAGUACUGAGUUGGAGAUACCCAGUUGGAGCGCGCCACUGUCGUCCGCCACCGCACGCCCUGUUCUCCGUCCUCUCCGCUUUGCCCAACCAUCACUGUUACCGUCGCCUUCGCCGUUGUGGCCAUCAUGGUGCUAUCGCGCGCGACGUCGACCGACAGCAGCAAGGAGGACGCGGUGCUGGAGCCCGUCUUCGCCAACCGCUACAUGCAGCAGCCCGUCAAACGGCACGUGUUCCCCGAGGACGAGAUGCCGCGCGAGGUGGCGUAUCAGAUCGUAUCCGACAUGCUGGAGAUGGACGGCAAGCCACGGCUGAACCUGGCGUCGUUCGUGACGACGUGGAUGGAGCCCGAGGCGGAGCGCCUCAUGACGGCGUCGCUCAACAAGAACGCCAUCGAUCUCGCAGAAUACCCCGCCUGUGCGCGCAUCCAGGAGUUGUGUCUGAACAUGCUGGCGCGGCUGUUCCACGCGCCCGUGAGCGAGGGGCAGACGGCUGUGGGCACUGCCACCAUCGGCAGCAGCGAAGCCAUCAUGCUCGCAGGCCUGGCAAUGAAGCGGCGGUGGCUCAAGCACAGGAAGGAGAAGGGGCUGCCUACGGACAAUCCCAACCUCGUCGUGGGCGCCAACACACAUGUGGUGGUGGAGAAGUUUGCCAACUACUUUGAGGUGGAGCUGCGCAUGGUGCCCGUGACGCCCGACUGUCCGUGCCUGCGUGUGCGCGAGGCCGUGCAGCGCUGCGACGACCGCACCAUUGGGGUUGUGCCCAUCCUGGGCAGCACGUACACGGGGCACUUCGAGGACGUGCAGGGGCUGGACGAGGGCUUGAGGGCGCUGGACCUGCCGCACGGCUGGCGCGUGCCCAUCCACGUGGACGCCGCAAGCGGCGGCUUCAUAGCGCCGUUCCUGUACCCAGCCCUGGCGUGGGACUUCCGCCUGCCGUCCGUGCUGUCCGUGAGCACGAGUGGGCACAAGUACGGGCUCACGUACCCGGGCAUCGCGUGGCUGCUCUUCCGCAACGACCAGUGCCUGCCGCAGGACCUCAUCUACCACAUCGAUUACCUGGGGGAAGACCAGCCCACCUACACGCUCAACUUCUCCCGAGGAGCGGCGCAGAUAGUGGGCCAGUACUACCAGUUCCUUCGCCUUGGCUUCAGGGGCUUCCGGCGUGUGAUGCAGAGCUGUGCGUCGGUGGCGGACUCGCUAAGGGAGCAGCUGGAGGGCACGGGUAUGUUCCACAUGCUGUCCGACGCCGACAUGGGCAUCCCCCUCGUCGCCUUCCGCUUCAAGCCCAACUCCCCAUACGCGCACCUGUCGGAGCGCGAGCUCAGUGACGACCUGCGGAGGCAUGGCUGGAUCCUGCCCUCCUACCAGAUGCCACCUGACAUGCAUGAUGUGACGGUGCUGCGAGUAUGCGUGCGCGAAGACUUCUCCCGCGAGCUGGCAGAGUGGCUGGUGCGAGACAUCAAGGAGACGGUCGGCCGCAUCAAGGCACAUGCCGACAAGGCGAGGGCGAGAAGGGGGGAGAGGGAGGAGGAAGUGAGGAAGGAGGGGAAGGCAGAGAUGGGAGCGGAGGAGAAGGUGGGAGAAGAAGAUGGGGGAAAGGGGGAACUGUCUAUGCCCAAGGCAAAGCCGCUCUGUUAGUGGCCAUUGUGUCAGAGAGAGAUACGGAAUGUAGUGUAGUUCAUGCGAAGUGUGUGCUCUAGCAACAGAUUCGCUGAGCUGUACAGGUUGGGAACUUGGGAAGAAAACUUGUUUGUGUGUUGUUGUGUAUUAGGGAGAUUUGUACCAACCAAUCCAGUUGACUUCUAAC